GCACGAGCCAAUCACAACGCGAAACAUACUUGCCGUAAAGUGUGGCGUUGGUGUUUCGAAUGGGGAUGUACUUGGUUCAUUUGAAAGAAGUAUUUGUCCAUUUAGCUUAAUUGUGCUAUAAAGCGAUUACUGAUACAGGCAGUGACGUCAUAAUGUCACCGCCCACUCUGCUUGUUCUGUAUGGGAGCCAGACUGGGACUGCUCAGGACACGGCCCAGAGGAUUGUGCGGCAGGCGCAGAGAAGGCGACUGAGAGUUCAAGUGUUGCCUCUGGAUAACUAUAAUGUGGCCAACUUGAUCUCAGAGUCUUUGGUUGUUUUUGUGUGCGCAACCACUGGUCAAGGAGACCCUCCAGACAAUAUGAAGAACUUCUGGAGGUUUCUCUUCAAGAAGUCUUUACCUGCUGGAUCUCUGAGUCGACUGGACUGUGGUGUACUGGGCCUGGGGGACUCCUCCUAUCCAAAGUUCAAUUUUGUGGCCAAGAAGCUUCAUAAGCGCCUCCUGAACCUCGGUGCCAAUGUCCUGUUGCCUGUUGGGCUGGCAGACGACCAACAUGACCUAGGGCCAGAUGCUGUGAUUGACCCGUGGCUCACAUCAUUUUGGGAAAAAGUGUUUGCUCUGUACCCAUCCUUGACCGAUGUGAUCCCACUGAGGGAAGAUGAACCACUCCCUCCAACAUAUACUUUCCACUUCCUGGAUGAUGUGAACAAGCAGACAGAUGAGCGGCUGAGGAUUCUCACAGAGCAAACUGUGCACUCCCAGUCUCACCCUUUUCCUGCCAGACUGCUGUCCAACAAGAGAGUAACAGAGCUGUCGCACUUUCAGGAUGUGAGGCACAUAGAGUUUGACAUCAGUGGGUCCAACAUUGAGUUUGCUGCCGGGGACGUGGUGAGUAUGUGUCCUUGUAACGCUCCAGAAGAUGUACAGCAAUUCUGUCAGAUGCUGGGAUUAGAUCCAGAAGCCAGGUUCAUUCUCAGGGCCACUGACAAGUCUGCAGUUCCAGCCAGACUUCCUCAGCCUUGCACUGUGCACCACCUGGUGGAGAGCUACCUGGAUAUUGCCGCUGUACCUCGCCGUUCUUUCUUUGAACUGCUGUCUACCUUUGCGACCAAUGAACUAGAGCGGGGUAAGCUACUCGAGUUUAGUUCAGCAUCAGGCCAGAGUGAACUACACAGCUACUGCAACUUGCCCCGACGCACUGCACUGGAGGUCUUGGCAGAUUUCCCCCACACUACAUCGGAACUCAAAGCGGACUAUCUCCUGGAUCUUUUCCCUGAGAUCCAGCCUCGCUUCUUCUCUAUCGCCUCCUCUCUCAAGGCUCACCCACACAGGCUUCAAAUCCUGGUAGCUGUUGUCUGCUACAAAACCAAAUUGAGUAAACCACGAAGAGGCCUCUGCUCCACCUGGUUAGCCUCCCUGGACCCUGCACAAGGGGAGGUAUAUGUGCCUCUGUGGGUGAAGAAGGGAUGUCUGAAGUUCCCUAAAGAGAAGGACACCCCUGUGAUCUUGGUUGGACCUGGAACAGGUGUGGCACCGUUCAGGGCAGCUUUACAAGAGAGGCUUGCUGAAGGGAAAACUGCCAACAUCCUAUUCUUUGGCUGUCGCUCAGAGUCCAAAGACUUCUACUUCAGGUCAGAGUGGGAGGAGAUGAUAAAGGCUGGAUACCUGACUCUCUUCACCGCCUUCUCACGAGACCAGGAGGACAAGGUGUACGUGCAGCAUCGUGUGAGGGAGAACACUGGGCUCCUAUGGGACCUGAUUACCAAUAAAAGUGCCUGCUGUUACAUUGCUGGCAAUGCUAAACAGAUGCCAGCCAGUGUGAGUGACGCUUUGAAAGAGGUGUUCCAACAGGAGGGAGGCGUGUCUGCAGAGGAAGCUGAUGAGAUGUUGGCAGCUAUGGAGAAAACGGGCAGACUUCAGUAUGAGACCUGGUCCUGAACUCAUGACCUCAACACACUACUCCACAGUGCUAAGACUCUGUGUUUGUUCUUCCUGUCGCCUGUCUGUACAUCACCCACAGUAAAAGUAACAGAGCAGGUGACGCAGGUAGUAUCCAAUUGUGCAACGUACAAUGUGAGACAUAACUGUGUCUGAUUGUAUAAAAAAAUGCCUUAAAUUAUAUUAACUACACUAGGCUGUGAUUGGUACCAAACUGCAGCUAUAUAAUUCAAACUGGUGUCACACCGGGUUUAAAAUGUUCUCAGUAUGUAAAACUG